AUGGCUCCAUUGAUUCAAAAGGGUAGACACAUACCUUAUGCGGCUAAUAACGCGGACUCGUACCGAGUAAUAAGGAGUCGUGUGAAUGGUUUAAAGAAAGCUCCGAUGCCGUACUUGGAGCAAGCCGGAUUUGGGUCAGCAGCAUCGAUCCGGACCUUCAACUUGCGCUAUGAUUUAUUAUCUGCGCUAGUGGAGCGGUGGCGCCCAGAGAGCCACACUUUUCAUUUUUCGUGUGGGGAGUGCACGGUGACCUUGGAGGAUGUUGCGAUGCAGCUUGGGCUCUCAAUCCACGGGACUCCCGUAAUGGGAGUAUUUUCAUUUACCGAUCCGGCUGCACUUUGUUAUCAGCUACUUGGAGACUCGCCAGAGGACGAAGAGUCAAAUUUUACGAGCUUAAAAUUUACAUGGCUGAAAGCCAAAUUUGGACAGUUAUCAGCGAAUGUCACUGAAGGCGAGCUGAUGUGCGCUGCUCGAGCGAACAUCAUGCAUAUCAUAAGGGGAGUACCAAUGCCCGAUGCAAACAACAACAAGGUGCAUAUGAUGUACUUGCCCCUAUUAGCUGAUUUGUCCAAUGUCCGCUCGUAUAGCUGGGGCUCCGCCAUUCUAGCAGUGUUAUAUCGGGAGCUUUGUUGGGGGACAAACCCGGAUGUUGUAAACAUGGGCGGAUGCCUCACAUUGCUGCAGUCUUAG